AUGGACGGCUCUCCCCCCUUCUUCCUGCACAGUGUGCGCCACUGGCUGUGGCUGGUUUCUCCCCUCUCCCCACAGCCAGCCCGCGGUCGAAGGCGCUUCAUGGACCCUUUGACUUGCACACGGGACGAGUUUGACGAGAUGCUGGAGAAACUUUCACGGCGCGGCCUGGGGUGGCGCACCUGCCGCAAGACUGAUCCUUUCGGUCGAGCCCUCGCAUGGCUUGAGGGCUCCAGCACGCUUCACCGCGGCCUGCCGCGCGGCCAUGCAGAGCAGCUCCUCGUCUCGUACUUUAUCACCUACAGUGAGUGCUACUGCCAGCCGCAGCUCUACUUUGCUCCGGAGCGUCCGAUGAGCCCACGAGAGAUGUCCACGUGGCUGUGCGAAGUGUGCUACGGUGUGGUGGAACGGCAGGACUAUGAAGCCCCAGUCGUUUCAAUGGCGUUCAGUGAGGAGUUGCAGAUGGCGGUGUGGGGCCUGCAUCCGUGUGACACCACCCAACUGAUGAGGAACACUUUAGCGAACGGCGCCGGGGACGACAACCUGCUCGAGCUGUUUCUCCGCGGCGUUGGCCGCCUUGUGGGUGUGGAUGAACGACUUCUCCCUUCCUGCACGGGGAAUCCACGGGAGUGA